AAUGGCGGCGGCGGCAGUGGGGCCGUAUGUGAGGAGCAGUCGGGAGCUGUGGACGAUUUUACUGGGGAGGUCAGCACUAAGAGAGACUGAUCAGAUUGAGGCCGAGUUGGAUCGGCAUUGUGAACGGUUGCUGGCUGGACUGUCUUACUACAAACCCCCUAGUGUGCCCUCUGGAGAGAAGCUAAAGGCUGAUAAGGAAGUGGUAUCGCCACUGAAGGAUCUUGGGCUACGGAUCAGUAAAUUCUUGAGUUUGGAUGAGCAGCAGAGUGUUCAAAUAUUGCAGUCGUAUCUACAAGAGGAUUACAGAGGCACACAGGGCUCGAUAAAGGCAGUGUUGCAGGAUGAGAGACAGAGCCAAGCCCUGCAACUGAAGAUUGCAGAAUACUAUUAUGAGGAAAGACUGUACACAUUACGCUGUGUUCUAUACCUACUCACGUAUUUUCAGGAUGAACGACACCCUUACAGGGUUGAGUAUUCAAAAUGUGUUGACAAGCUGGAGAAGGAACUGGUUGUGAAUUAUCGGAAGCAGUUUGAAGAAUUGUUCAGAACUGAAGCUCCAACUUGGGAAACACAUGGGAAUCUAAUGACGGAACGUCAAGUGUCUCGAUGGUUUGUACAGUGCCUAAAGGAGCAGGCCCUGAUUUUGGAGAUUAUCUUCCUAUAUUAUGCCUAUUUUGAGAUGGGACCAGAAGACCUCCUGGCUUUUGCACGAAUAUUUAAAGAGCAAGGAUUUGGAACAAGACAAACAAACAGGCAUCUUAUAGACGAAAGCAUGGAUGGGCUAGUUGAUCGUAUUGGGUAUUUCAGCACGUUGAUCCUGGUGGAAGGAAUGGACAUUGAUUUCCUACAUAAAUGUGCUCUAGAGGAGCGAGUGGAGCAACACCAGUUUGCUAACGCUCGGGAAGUUUGCCAGGAGAUGGACAAGUUGCUGCUGACGUUAGGGGACAUAUCGCAUCAUGCACCGGUGCUGCUGUCUUGGGCUCUUUUGCGUCAUACGUUGAACGUGGAUGAAUCAACUCAUGUAAUUAGGCGUUUGGGAAGCACUGCUAUUCAGCAGAACGUAUUCCAGUACAUGACACAGAUGCUUAAGGCACUUGGCAGUGGGGGAAAUAAUUGUACAGCCAGUACUGCUCGAAUGUGCAUCUAUGGACUGCUCUCAUUUGUCUUGACAUCUUUUGAAGAAGAAACUUUGGGCGAUCAACAGCACUUGAUUAAUGUCGCCUGUGAGGUGUUCACAGCCCCUAACCUGGCUGAACUUUUUUGGGAUACUGAGCCCACAGCAGGUAUUGCUAUUUUGUUGGACAACAAUUGUGGAAUGUUCCCGCAGUCUAUGGCACCGCUGCUGCAGCUACUAUCUGCACUUAUAUCGGAUAAAUCCACUGCUAAAAAGGUUUACAGCUUUUUGGACAAAAUGACAUGUUAUACUGAGCCGUAUAAGCACAAACCUCAUGACGUACUUUCACAUGAGGAUGGAACCCGGUGGAAGAGGCAAACGCCAAAGUUGCUUUAUCCUCUUGGAUCUGGUCAGGCUAAUAUACGCAUGCCGCAAGGUACAUAUGGACUUGUAAUGCCUGCAGGCCAGGAUUCUCUUGUACGUUGGGAUUUCUCGUACAGCUCCUGGACAGUUUUCACUUGUGAGAUUGAGAUGCUGUUACAUGUGGUUUCAACAGCAGAUGUUCUUCUUCACUGCCAGAAGGUCAAACCAAUCAUUGACCUGGUACAUAAAAUAAUCAGCACCGAUUGGUCUAUUACUGAUUAUCUGCUGCCAAUCACUUCACGUUUGUACAUGUUAAUUCAAAGACUUAGUUCAGUGCUAAACCCGCCAACUGACGUGAUUGCUUCCUGUGUAAACACCCUAACUGUUCUGGCCACUCGGAUGCCAGCCAAGGUGUGGGCAGAUCUACAGCACACAGGUUUCUUGCCGUACUCUGUAACACAAGUCACUGGGAUUGCUCAGUCCCUCAGGGCUGAAGGAAUGCAGGCUGGUAGUUAUGGUAACCUGCUGUUGAACAUUGAAAGACCACAGGGCGAGUACAGUGUCACAAUGGCAUUUCUCCGACUGGUUACAACACUUGUCAAGGGGCAGCUGGGAAGUACUCAGAGUCGAGGUCUUCUGCCUUGUGUGGUCUUUGUUUUGAAAGAGUUGCUGCCAACCUACCAUAAAUGGCGCUACAACAUUUAUGGCAUACGAGAGGAAAUUGGUUGUCUGAUUUUUGAACUUAUUUAUACCAUCCUGCAUCUGAAUUCAGCGGAGGAAUCACAGGGCAGUAACUCACUUAGUCUUCAGACUUUGUGCACCAAGUUCUUGGCAAAUACAGAAGCUGGGCAGGCCAUCAUAAAUAUUAUGGCUGUUGGGGUGGACACCAUUGAUGUGGUAAUGGCAGCGCAACCCAGCAGCAGUGGAUCUGAAGGAUCAGGUCAGACCCUCAUUCAGACGAUCAAGUUAGCAUUUUCUAUAACUAACAAUGUCAUCAAACUGAAACCAUCAUCAGAAAUGGUCUCGCCGUUGGAGCAGGCCCUAACACAACAUGGUACACACGGUAAUAAUUUGAUAGCUGUUUUGGCGAAGUAUAUAUACCACAGACAUGAUCCUGCACUGCCACGCCUUGCUAUCCAACUCCUGAAGAGACUUGCUAUGGUGGCUCCAAUGUCGGUGUAUGCCUGCCUUGGAAGUGAUGCUGCAGCAAUACGUGAUGCAUUUCUUAAUAGACUGCAGAGCAAGACAGAGGACAUGCGGAUUAAGGUGAUGAUUCUGGAGUUUUUAACUGUGGCUGUGGAAACGCAGCCUGGCUUGAUUGAGCUCUUCCUGAACCUGGAAGUGAAAGAUGAUGCAGUUGGGUCAAAGGAGUUUAUUCUGGGGGAAUGGAGUUGUCUGCAAGUGGUACUGGAAUUUAUUGACUCCAAGCAACAAGGAAAAUAUUGGUGUCCCCCUCUCAUCCAUCGUGCUGCCAUUGCUUUUUUGCAUGCACUGUGGCAGGAUCGCAGGGACAGUGCCAUGACCGUUUUGCGAGCCAAGGAUCGAUUCUGGGAAAACUUGACAUCUGUGCUUUUUGGAGAACUGCCAGCACCCUCUAACAUUACGGAGAAGAGCGUCCUGGAAACCUGUGCCUUCACCCUGAAGAUCAUCUGCCUGGAAAUUUACUACGUUGUCAGGGGUUCUCUGGACCAAUCCCUAAAGCACACACUGAAGAUGUUCUUUGAUAAGAAGCGGUACGAAUAUUGGUCUGAAUAUAUCAAAUCUCUUGUCACCCAUAUGAUGGAGACAGAAACGGAGGGGGCCGCCACAUUUCUAGAGUUCCAGAUGGUAGUCUCUGCGUGGAGAAUGGUUCUCGUUCUGGCUACCAGCUAUGUGGAGGUGAUGCAUCUAGGUGAUUGUUCACUACGGCUGCAGUUACUACAAGAUGUCCUGGAGGGAACCAAAGUUUUGCUGUUGGUGCCUUCAUCUGCUUCCUGUCUGCGAAUGGGAUCUAUGCUGGCAACACUACUUCUAAUCCUGUUGAAACAGUGGAAAAGCAUCAUUAUUCAAGUUUCUAAAAUCUUGGAUCCCCUGGACCAAAUUCUGGAGAGCCUGUCACAGAGUAACCAAUACUUCAUGGAGAGGACAAAGGCAAAAAUAUUUUCAGCUAUCAUAACUACUCUUCAGAUCAAACGACUACAAGUUUCUGACAUCUCCCAGUAUUCUCAAAUGCUCCUGACUGUGUGUGAGACCAUACAUAAUGAGGCGAUUGUUCUGUUUGACCAAACACAUCAUGCGCUGACAACAGGAGAUGCUGGUUUAUCUGAUGACAAGGAUAGUAUGGAGACAGACUGUGCACCACGGUUUCAGCACAAGGACCAGAAAGAUGGGGUAUGUGUGCUGGCUUUGCAUCUGGCCAAAGAACUUUACGAAAUGGAUGAGAGUGGCAACCACUUAUUUUUGAUCACUCGGAAGGUUCCAUUCCUUCCUGCUAUGCUUAGCACCUUGGAGCUAAGUCUUCGAGUCAAACAAAAUCUACAUUUUGCAGAGGCAUCUCUGCACUUGCUUUUAGUGCUGUCCAGGACUCAGCAGGGAGCAGCUAUAGUGGCAGGAGCUGGCGUCCUACCAAGCAUUUGUUUGCCACUCCUAAGUGUUUACCAGCUCAGCACCAAUGGAACUACCCAGACUUUGGGAUCCUCACGCAAGUCCUUGGAUUCCCCCUCCUGGCCAGGUGUUUAUCGGCUCACCAUGUCGCUGAUGGAAAGACUUUUAAAAUCACUGCGCUACAAUUUCCUUUCAGAAGCCUUAGACUUUGUUGGAGUCCAUCAGGAGCGGAUUCUGCAGUGCUUGGAUGCAGUUCGGAAAGUGCAGAGCCUGGCUUGCCUGGAUGAAGUUGAUCACACGGUUGGGUUCAUUCUUCAGCUCUCCAACUUUAUCAAAGAGUGGCGUUUUCAUCUGCCGCAGCUCCUUAGAGACGUGCAGGUGAACCUCUGUUACCUAUGCCAGACAUGCACUUUUCUGCUUCACAGCCCCAAAGUGCUUCAGCACUAUCUACAGGUGAAGAAUGGAGACACUAUUCCAUCUGCAAUUCUCCCACAGCAAUCAAAGCCUACUCAGACUCCAACAAAACAACAAAACACAGAAAAAGAGGAAAUUGAGCAGCGUGCACUGCUGAAAGUCCAGUCCAGUCUGCUCCGCAUUCUGAGUAAGACAUUGGCUGCUGUUCGACACUUUACCCCUGACCUCUCCCAGAUACUGCUAGACCAGUCCCUGGAUCUGGCUGAAUAUGACAUGCUCUUUGUCCUGAGCUUUACUACUCCAGCAUUUGAUUCUGAUGUUGCUCCAUCAUUUGGUACCCUACUAGCAACUGUAAAUGUUGUCUUGAACAUGCAGGGAGAGAUCGAUAAGAAGAAGGAACCUAUGUCGUUGAAUGUGGGACCACUAACUUCAUCUGAAGAGGCAAAAUCAUUAAAGUCCCUCCUGAUGUUCACGAUGGAAAACUGUUUCUAUGUGCUGAUUUCACAAGCGGUCCGGUAUCUGAAGGAUCCAUCUGUUCACUCACGUGACAAGCAGAGGAUGAAACAGGAGCUCAGUUCAGAGCUGAGUACCGUUCUGUCUAGCAUUUCCCGCUAUUCUCGUCGUGGUACACCAUGUUCUCCUGCUGCAGCCUUACUGCUGUCUCCUCAGAACAAAUCCACCUGCUCCUUAUCCAAGUUGAGUCCUGAGAACCAGGAACCCUUAAUCCAGUUGGUUCAGGCCUUUGUUCGACAGAUUCAGAGAUAAAAGAGGGAUCAACUAUAAUGUUAAACUUGAAUGAUUUCCAGCUCUGGACUGUAUACAACUUCACUUGCAACGAUUUCCAGUGUCAGUUUUUACUGACCAAAGAUAACGUGAAUACAUGUCAAAAUGAGACACUGGAUGUAUUUAAUGGUUGGCAACUUUAUUUGAAGCUGUUAUUGAAAACUUUUUUUGGGGUAACAGUUUUGAAGUGUACCAGUCCUUUGUCUCAAAGCUAAAGUGUAGAAUUACGUUACAGAAUAUAAUCAUGGCAGCCUAUUAGAAUAAAUUGUAGCAUUGUACAGUAGUAUCGUUAAGUUUCAUGACAGUAAGGAACCACCUCUAUUGAAGUCAUUUUUGAGACUUUCUGUUGUAUUGUAGAACUAUAAAGUGUUAAUGAACAGGAGAGGCGCAAGAAAAGGCAUUCUGAAGAGAUAUAAUGCGCUGUGUCACAAUACAUUUUAUAUAGCCUCUUUAAAUCCAAUUUUGUUACAAAUUUAAAAUAUGUUCGUCAUGCUGAAUGUUUGCCAGUGAAAGUUGCUGUGGAAACAAAGCAUCCUCUGGUUGGGUUUGUGUGUUGCCUGCUAGAAACAACAUUUCAGAUUGGUUAGGAGUGCCAGGAUGGUUUAUAAUCUUUUUACAGCUGUUUUUUACUUUAUAUACCACGCAUUUCAUCCUUUGCUAAGUUCUGCAGGAAAUGUCCAAAGAAUCUUGGAUGUGUAUUUGCAGCUGCUUUGUUCUGUGUGUAAGUACACUGGGCAUUUUUAGAGGAGCUACCUGAACAAAGAAAUAGUACCAAAAACAAGUACUGGCAAUCUUUUGAAGCAUGUUUGGGCAAAGCAAUCUUAGUCACUUUAGUAAGAUCUGAGGUUUAAAUAAGUAAAAUACUCUAGCUCUUACAGAAGAAAUUAAAAGGUUGAUGGGUUUUUAAAAAAAAAAAUCCUUCCAUUCAAAUCAGCAAAAACAUUUUAUUGAAUUUAGUUUUGACUAGAUACUUCAUUUUCAUCUGAGAGAGAUUUUGCAAUAAUUGGAGACGGCCCUGUGUAUGUCUGUGAUGGGAUCAGAAGCAAUGGUGGGCCGUAAUUUCCUCCAUUGGCUGUGAAAUGCAGACCACUACUUUAUACUUCUUCAGUGAAGAAAACAUAUGCAUGUUUCAUAAAAGUACAUGGCCUUUUCCUUCAGCAGUAGCUAAGAAUUUUAAAAAGCUUAACUGACCUCCCAAAUGUGGGCUAUAUUUUAACAAUAUUACAGCUCAUUGUUCUGCCUGGAUUCCAGUUUCGCCAAAUGUUCUGAUGUCCCAUUGUCUUUAAUGCAAAGUGUGGCAGGGAAUUUGCUGAUUGAAAGCAAUUUUUCAAGAAAGAAGUUCACACUGAUUAAGAUCACUGAUUAAUUGUUAAACAUAAUCAUAGAAUAUGAAUCCCAAAACACUGGUUAAAAAUCGUGUUAUCCUGGUAAUAAACACACUAAAUCAGUGAGUUUAAUUAAAACAAGGAAUGUAUUCCACAAAACAUCAGUGAAAAUUCAGGAAUCCUGUCAUAAGAGUUUGACUUUUCAGUCACUCUGACUGACUGUUCCUAUGAUUGUGAUGGAAAGACUCAUCUUGCAGUCACUUUGUGAAACUGCCAUUCAUUGUUUGUAACUUAUUGUUGGGAAUAUUGUUUAAUUCUACUAUUGUACAUGUUCAUCUACCUUUUUUGUGAUAGUUUGUUUUUAAAGCUUUUAAAAAGCUGCGGAAUAAACUGAAAAUCUUG